CCGUACAAUAGUCAUUGCAUAGCAAAACCCUAACAUGCAUACACAUGAGUAUUUAUAUUUAGAAAGAGAAAAAUCUCCCAAUUUGAAGAAAAACCCUUCUCCGUCGACUGGGAACAGCACUGCCGCGCCUCUCAGAAGGUUCCAAACACACGCACAUCGUAUGCUUGGAAGCUCUAACGCCAGCCAUAGCUUGUCUUCCCUCAUUGCAUUCAAGCCGCGCCAAAUUCUUCUCUUGCAGCAGCAGCGAAACCGUUCGGCUUCGGCACCAAUGGCCCAGUUGAAGCCUGAUGACGAGUCUAUUUUGAUCUUCUCUGUCGCGCUCUGGCUCCAAAACAAGGGCUUUUCCAAAGUCUUCAAACGAUUCUGCACGGCAGCUCAAAUUGAGGGUGAGGAUUGGAAGGCCAAGGCGCUUAAUUUGAAUGAGAUUUUCUCGAAAUAUCAGGAGAUUAGCAAUAGUUCCUGCAAAGACUUGAAAUUUCAGGAGAAGCAAGAACAGGUGGCUGACGUGGCAGAAAAAAUUGCAAAUGGUACAACUGCUGAGGAAAUUAAAGGCAAGAAGAAGAAGAAAAAGAGCAAGGAUGACACUUCAGUCAAUGAAAGUGAAAAAACACUUGAAGAUACAGCUGUGACAGAAAAGAUAAAUGAAUCAUAUGAGAAUGGCAAUGAGGAUGAAAGCGGCAAUGCAUCAAAGAAAUCCAAUGGUGACAAAAUGCAUGAACUUGCAGAGGAUCAAUCUGAGAAACCAAAAGAGAAGAAGAAGAAAAAGAAAAGCAAGUUGGCAUCACAGCCGCUGGAUGCUGAUGUACCAGAGGUAACUGAACAGAAACAAGAAGUUUUAUCAUCUGAAAAGGCUGAGGAUGCAGAAGAUGGGAUUCAUGAAUCUAAGAAGGCUUCCAAGAAAAGAAAAAGAAUGGCUCCUGAAGAAAAUCAAAAUAAGUCUGGUGAGGAAGUAGCAAUUGAAGAGUCAAAAUCUAAAAAAUCCAAAGGUCUCAAAGAAGGCAAAGAUGUUCCACCACACACUGCCUUCCCUGAAGCCAAUGGCCAUGCAAAAAGUGAUGCUCUUCAAGGGGAUUUGCAGGAAUUCUCUGCUAAGUCAGAUUAUGAAAGUGCUAAAAAUGCUACAAACAAUAAUGAAUUGGACAAAUCAAGUCAGAAAAAAUCUGCAAGCAAACAACCCAAAAGUUCUGAGCCAACAACAGUGAAAGCAUUCCAAAGAGUGAAGAUUGAUGAGGUGGAAUUUGUUGAUGACAGACUUCAAGACAAUUCUUAUUGGGCAAAGGAUGGUGCGGAAACUGGUUACGGAGCUAAAGCACAAGAAGUCUUGGGACAAGUCAAGGGAAGGGGCUUUCGACACGAGAAAACCAAGAAGAAGCGUGGCAGCUACAGAGGAGGGCAAAUCGAUCUGCAUUCACACUCGAUAAAGUUCAAUUAUUCUGAUGAAGAAUGAAACAUGCAUGUGAGGUUUUGAACUCAAUUGUCCAUUUCUUAUCCCAGAAUUGGGAAAGCCAGUUUUGGUGGUGUCCUAUAUUACCAUUCAAUGUAUAAUGACACCAUUCUUGGCAGAUAUUUUGGUUAUGAUUUUAUUCUCCA